AGAACUUGUUCUAAAAGAAACAGAGGCGGGAGAGAUUUCGUGAGGGUUUUUAUUUCAAUAAAGAAAAAACAGAAAGUUAAGAAAAUUACAAACUGAAUUUCGUUUAAAUAUCUGAUUUUGAUUUGUGGGUUCUGUCUAGAAAUCUUAGUAGGGAUUCCUCUGAGCUUAAUAAAUGGAGAAAACUGGUUCUGGUUCUUCUGGUCCUGCUCCUCCAAUGUGUGCACAAGAGGCAUUGGAUUUGUUAAACUGUGUGACUGGAGCGGGUUUUGAUCAGGAGAAAUGUAUCCGGUUCUUGAAUGCGUUGAGGGAUUGUGUUCUUGACAAGAAAGUUAAGAAGUUCUCUCUAGCCGAAGACUACAAUGCUGUUGCAGAUUCGGACAAGAAGAAUAAGCAAUGACUGCGUUCUGCAGAAGAAAUUUUUCAGCAUCACUAUAAGAGGAUUGUCUAGUUAGUGAAGAAGGGGUUUUAACCCUGUCCAAGAUAUCGACAAUCAAUAACCAGUGUAUCUUUUACUCUGGUUUUUUUACUUGCAGUAAAAUUAUACUGAACUUGGAACUUCUUAACAUAAAUUUUUAUUUACCUGCUGCAACUCAGUAAAUGGGGAAUUUUUCUUAUGCUUC